AUGUCGCUGUACGAUGCGUUCGUCAUGGCCGCGGGGAAGCGCCUCGCGCCGGACCAGGGCGGCGGCCCCGCCAAGAUGGCCAGGGGCGCGGAGGGCGAGGAGGGCCAGUGGUCCUGCGCCGCGUGCGGGAACGUAAAUUUCGCAGGGCGCCUGGUCUGCAACAUGAGGAAGUGCGGGGCCCCGAGGCCCGCUGGGGACGGGGGAGUGGGCAUGGCCCCGCAGCAUCGGGGCAGGGCGUGGCGGAGGACUGGAUCUGCCCUGGCUGCGGAAAUACGAACUUCAAGGGCAAGCUCUUCUGCAACAUGCGGAAGUGCGGGCUGGCCAAGCCGGGCCUCACCGCGAACGAGCUGGCGAUGA